UGUUGAGACUGUGGGAAGUGGGGUGUCGGGCAGAGCUCGGUCGGAGGAACCGGGAGGGGAGCGGCGAGAUGGACGUUCUCAAGUCGGAGAUCCUCCGGAAGCGGCAGCUGGUGGAGGACAGGAACCUGCUGGCGGAAAAUAAAAAAUAUUUCAAGCGUAGUGAACUUGCAAAAAAAGAAGAGGAAGCAUAUUUUGAAAGAUGUGGCUACAAGCCUAUAAGUGAGAAGUCAUCUGGAGAGAUACAGCCAAAAGAGGAGGAACAGAAGCCGUUAACUUCAUCAAAUCCAGUUUUAGAACUUGAACUGGCAGAGGAGAAGCUACCCAUGACCCUCUCUCGGCAAGAGGUUAUCAGAAGAUUGAGAGAAAGAGGAGAACCAAUUAGAUUAUUUGGAGAAACUGAUUAUGAUGCUUUUCAACGUUUAAGAAAGAUAGAAAUCCUCACACCAGAAGUUAACAAGGGAUUGAGGAAUGAUCUGAAAGCAGCUUUGGAUAAGAUAGAUCAGCAAUACCUCAAUGAAAUUGUGGGUGGUCAAGAACCUGGAGAGGAGGACACGCAGAAUGAUUUGAAGGUUCAUGAAGAAAACACCACUAUUGAAGAGUUGGAGGCUUUGGGAGAAUCUUUAGGAAAAGGUGAUGAUCAUAAAGACAUGGACAUCAUUACAAAAUUCCUUAAGUUUCUUCUUGGCGUUUGGGCUAAAGAAUUGAAUGCCAGAGAAGAUUAUGUGAAACGUAGUGUGCAGGGUAAACUGAACAGUGCUACCCAGAAACAGACUGAGUCCUACCUCAGGCCACUUUUCAGAAAGCUACGGAAAAGGAAUCUUCCUGCUGAUAUUAAAGAAUCCAUAACAGAUAUUAUUAAAUUCAUGUUGCAGAGAGAAUAUGUGAAGGCUAAUGAUGCUUAUCUUCAGAUGGCCAUUGGAAAUGCCCCUUGGCCCAUCGGUGUCACCAUGGUUGGUAUCCAUGCCAGAACUGGUAGGGAAAAGAUUUUUUCCAAGCAUGUCGCACACGUCUUAAAUGAUGAAACACAGCGGAAGUAUAUUCAGGGUUCCUCAUCUGGAUCACAGAACAUGGAAAAUGACUUGAAUGGCUGUUUUCUCAGUUCUCCCAAGGAUGGCAUAUAAGCAGUACCCAAAUGACAAACAAAUUCAGAAGAGUGGUUACUUCUCGGGGAGAAGUCGGGGGACAGGAAGAAGAAAACACAGAUUCAAUGGUCUUCAGAAGGUUCUAGUUAUUUGUUUUAUUAUUUACUCCAUAACUUACAUGUAUUCUUUUGUAUGUAUCCAAUAUUAUGUGAUGAAAACAUUUCAUAAAAUCAUCAAAGCUGAAUACUGCAUCCCAAACGUGGUCUGGGCAAUCCUGCAGAGUUCUGAAGGGGUCUAUUGGAUGCUUUUGGCUGGGUGGUUAGGGCUGCUAUAGAAAGGCUGAAUUGUUACACAUAGUAUACAGUUCAUUCAUACUAAAGUUUAUACAUGUAUGUUCCUUUGGGGUGGACACUUAGGACAUUUAGGUUAUUUCCAAUUUUUUUUUUUUUUUUGUCUGUUGCUGUUAAGAACAAUGCUUGUACAUGUCCUGGGUGAAAAUGAAUUGGCAUUUCUCUUACAUGCACUUCUGAGUGGAAUCACUGGGGCCUGCUGCUUUGAGUGAGGAUACUGGCAAGCUGGAGUGAGUCCAGAGGAGAACAGUUAAGAAUGGGUCAACCAGAUCAUAGCCCACCUUUCUUUUCUUCCUUUUCUUAGGGACUGAAGAGGUUAAUGACUAUUUGCCAGAAGCACUUUCCUACAGACCCAUCGAAAUGUGUGGAGUACAAUGCACUAUGAGACCUCUCCAUGGGGUGAAGGUGACUGGAAGCAGCUCGGAGCAUGGAUCAACAGGAAUGAGGAAGGAAGGGAAGGGGAAUUUCCCUGCUCGGCUUGCCACCUGGUUCAGCUCCUGGCUGGUUUUAAAAACUGUGCUGGCUCUCAUCACGUCUGAUUGCACACUGAUUUUUGUGUCUUGCUUUCAUUUUAAAUCUUCAGAACAUGAAGUUCUAAAGACUGUUUCCCCCAUGAUUUAAAUGUGUAGGCCACAAUCAAAGAAGGGGGUUUAGAAAUAACUUUUUCCCAACACCCGAAAGUUGUGGUUAGGUUAUUAAAAGGAAACAUUUGAGGUUGGACUUAUUUCUGUAAAAUAUGAUAAUUUUCACAUUGUCUUUUAUGUAAUAUUUAUAGAAAAUAUUUUUAUAUAUGGUCAAUGAACAUAUGGAACCAUUUAAUGAAAGUUUAUAGUCCUUAAUGCUGCUGAGUUUUGCUCUUUUGUAGUAGAAAUUUGAGUGUAAAUGUUAGCACCAUUAACUCAAGUGUUAUUUUUGUGUUUCAAGGCUGGCUUAUCUUCCAAGAAGUAUAAAUUUUAGUAUUUGUCAUCUCUCAGGAAAUAGAAGUUUGAAAAACAAAGAUGGUGCAUCAUCCUAACAAAAGUUCAAAAUAAAGUAGUCCCAGAGCAUCAUGGUUCCAGGUGGGAAGUGGACCGUGGAGCUUGCCGAGGUUGGUGGCAUGUCAGUGGUGCCUGAGUGUUCCGUGCUCACGAGGCAUGUGGCCAACUGCUGCUCCCAGCUCCACUCUGUCAGGCCCAAGAGAAAGGUGCCAGGGUGGACGUCACGGCUCUUGACAGUAUAUCCCUUCUAGUUUUCUGCAGUGAGGCCUUGCAGAUCUGGCACAGUGUCCUGCCCUGGGUACCAUGAGGAGCCUGUGUCUUACAUGUUAGGAGGACAAACUAGAGUGAUGCAGGUGGAGCGUGUGUCUCGGGAGCCAGAGUCCCCGGCGUGGUACCUGCUGACCUGACUGCAAGGUGCUUCACCCUUCUGACCCUGGUUCAUUAUGGCUAAGUCAGCAGAUAGUAACAAUAGUACGUACCUCCUGGAGUUACUGUGUUUAAGUAAAAUAAAACGCUUAGCAUGCUGCCUGGCAAGCAGUAAGUGUUCAGCCAAUUUAAGUUGUUGUUUCAUCUCACUGUCUUUGUAGCUGUUUUUGUUGUUAGAGGGGAGUCACAGGACCUUUGAUAAUCCUGUGGUUAGGGGCAGUGUGUGCUCACUGGAUGAUAAUAAGAACAACGUAGCAUCAGCAGUAACACUAGGAAUUAUUCAUGAGGCAUUUCUCUGGCCCGGCUCUAGGGCUGUCUCCACAGUUCUGAGUACAGAAGGGCAGAGAAUGUAGUGGGAGCUAAGGCAGCAGAGUGGGUGGGUGAAAGCCAGUUUAGGCUACUUUGGGUCCCUGGCAGUGCAUAUCUCGUAAUUUCUGCUGGAUGUGUAUGUGGUAGCGGCUGAGGCCCACUGUCUGCAAUUGAAUCAGGGGUCCAUGCCCCCACUUUGGAAUGUUUUUCUUAUGAUUGAAUUAAUUAGAAUUUAGGGGAGCUUGCUAGCACAAAUGGGAGACAGACUUUCAUAAAAUACAACAACAGUUUCGACUUUCCUCAUGUCUUAUUGCAGAGGGUUUGUUUAUAAUGUUGAAUGAAUACUCUUCAUGUUACUUGUUCUUCAUUCAAAGUCAGGCCAUGAAAGGGUGGUCAGUCAGUUUCAUACUGUCUUCCCUUUUGCUGUUAGGCCAGAUUUCAUGUAAAGAUGAAACUCACAUGACAGUACCUCCUAAAGCUGAGCAUUGUGGAUAGAUGGUUUGAAAAGGAAGUCGUGACGUAUUCUACAGUGCUGUGAAUGUCACCCAUUUCCGGCUUAGGUCGAGGGGGGCAGACUCAAAGGUGUGGUUCCCUAGGAGACAUUUCCAUUUCCCUGAAAUUAAAGAUCUCUGAUGACUGGAAAUAUGAGGAUAUAUGGAAAAAUGACCUUUUACCUUCUCCGAAACAUGAACAUUUUAAGUCAACAGAUACUGUGUAUUUUUGUUUUUGGCUAUAUCUAAAACAAGGCAUUUCUUUUAAAAUUAAUCACAACCCAGAAAUAACUAUUCCUACCUGUCUUCCCACCUCUCCCAGACUCUUACCCCAAAGAGUUGUGUCUUUCUGGAUUUGAAUUUAUAACGCACCGGUUUUCCCUCAGUAGUCAACACUGCAUUUCCUAGGAGCGUCCUUGCCAGGUGCAAAUGCUGAGCAGUCUUUUCAGCAUUGCAGCACAGAGCUGCGGCAAUCUAGAAGUCAUGGUUGUGAUUUCAGACUUUGGGGGAAAUUAGGAAAAUCAAGCUGAGGCCAAAGAUAAUUGGUACGUUGGUAGAGACAGAGAACACUCUAGGUCUUGUCGGAAGCAGGGGGGGGGUCCCCAGGGACCAGUGCUGUGGGCGAUGUGCUUUCAGCAAGGAUUUGGGGGAAUAGGAAAUAUGAUUGUAAGCUCUUCCUUCCGGAGACUUCCUGGCCUACUCCAGCACUUCAGAUUGCCCUGGGGCUUGAUCCCAGUAAAUAAUUUAGAAAUACAACUCCUUUUACUUGAAAGUGAUAAUUUAUUCAGAAAGUAAACAGCUUGGGGAAGACUGAAAGAGUGUUUCAGGGUCUGUGGUAGAUUUGAAUCUGGGGAUUCAUAUCACUGGCUCCUUUUCAGCCACCUUAUACUCUCUGAUGCUGCUUCACCUAGAAGGGUGGUAGAAUGAAUGGGGCCACCCCAAUGAAAAGGGGAGCGUGAGAGUCGGAUGAGGCUGUUUCCUUUUUCUGGAUUUCCUGAUGAGCAUGACCUGAUGAAUGACCUGGUGAACCCUGCCUCCUGCCUCACCCACCCUUCCCCCUGAGGUACUCCCAAGAAACCCCUGAAAGAAUCACUUUAUCCUGUAGAAAUUUAUGGUAUGGUAUCAUAUUGGAGUCUUGCACUGGCAAGUACUUUCUCACAGCGUAUUUAUUUAAGAGUUUCCAGCUGUCCAGAGCUGAGAGCCAGCUCUGCUCCUAGAGGGUCGCUGUUGGGAAAAAUGUUAUGGCAACUGUGUUUCAUCCCAGACUCUGCAGUUAGAUUUGCUGAAUUAUAACCACAUGCCUGGUACUUGAAAGGUUAAUGGUAACUGUAAAAUCUCUUGAAAUUUAAAAAUAAGUUCUGGUGGUGUGGGGGUAACAGGGAGUGCAGUGUGGUUAGCAGCUGCAGCUGCUGUGUGAGUGAGCUGACCCCCUUCACGAUUUUGGAACCAUGUUUAUUAAACAAACUUUUUACAUUCACUAAAACAGUUCAUUAUUAAACUGUUGGUUAUUUAUUUUUUCCCCAUCGUAAACUCCGUGGUACUUUAUACAACUCGCUUAAGCCGGUCCUUUUGUUGCCUAGAAGAGUUGCCCAAUUUUGCUGGGCUACUUCCUCUUGUUUAGUCUCCUCACCCUGGGCUUGAGCCCCAGUUUUGAAAUAAUUGCCAGCCUUCUCAACUUUUUCUCACAGAAUUCAAGCUUAACUCAUACUUAUAACCACAGAGGGCAGCUAAGAAGUUUGGAGCCUCUUUGGGAAUACUCCCGGAAAUCUCAGAUUCCUUCUCUGAGCUUCCCCUGGUACAGGCCAGUCAUUAACACAGUUGGCAGUUGCACAGCUUGCCCAAAUCAAAUGCCUCUGCUGUCAAAUGGCUGUAAACCAUUAGUGUGUGGUCUGAGACUGGCUGACAGUUCCUGCCCUCUCCUAGAUACAGAGGCAAGGCCAUGGCUUUGGAAACUUUCAGGCCACAACCCACAGUAAACAAUCAUAAAUAUGCCCAAUGUUACAUACGUAUAAUACAUGUGUGAUGGAAACAAAUUUAUAGAACAUACUGAUAAUUCUAUUCUGUCCUAUUUCAUGAAAAAUCAAGCUGGUUGUGAUUCUUUAGUGGGUUGGUUUUGCAACCCAUUAAUACUUUGUGAUGAGCACUUUGAAAACCACUGGGUGAAAGGAAUUAUGAGAGUUGAGGAAGGAGGAAACGAUUUGUUCGAUGAAUUCAGGGCAGAAAGACUUGUUCUCUUUUUUAUUUUUUUAAUGCAAGAUACAGCACUUCGCUCUCAAGGUUAGUGUGAAAUUUAGCAGAUCGUAAAACCUGGAGUACUUCGAAGAUAAGUACUUCUGAAGCAAUAAUUCUGCUUAAAAUGAGACUUGUCCAUAGAGGGAAAGAAGGAUAACCAGGCCAAGCAGCAAAAUAAACCAUCUAAGAAGAUUGGCAGUGUGGAUGUGUGACUGCCUUAGCCUGGCUGAGGAUGAUUGUGUACAGUAAGAUUAAACAAGAUGAUAUAAAAUAAACUGGAGGGGCAGCUAAAGCAUGAAGUAGGGUCGAGGCAAGGAUGGAUUCAAGGAGUCCAGUAUAUUCAGUGUCAGUGGAGGGAAAAUGGCUUGUUCAGCCCUUUGGAACAGUAUUUCCCAAGACUCAGGUAGAGCUAGAUUACAUUUCUUUUAAUGUGAAAUUUUAAUGGAAGUCUAUAUAGCAUAUAUGCACAAAUCACAGCAACACUGCAUCACAAUAAUUUUUUCUUGAUGUGAACAUCUCCCAAAGUAACCAGCACCCCAAUCGGGAAAGAGGUUAUCACCCCAGGAACCCUUCUUGCCUCCUUCUAGUCACAUUAAACAUCUUACUGAGGUAUUUACACACAACAGACUUCACCCACUUAAAGUGUACGGUGUUUUAGUGUAUUCAUGGAAUUGUGCAAUUGUUAUCACAACGUUUAGAACAUUUUCAUCACCUCCAAAGGAAACCCCAACCCCCUUAACACUGACUCUCCACAUAGGUUAUUUUUGUUUGUUUUAAAAUAGUUUGUAAAUGGAAUCAAACAGUAUUUUUGACUCUUUUAUGCUUGACUUUCUUUCGUUCAGCGUAUGGUUUAUGAUAAUCAUCCUUAUGUGGCAUGGUGGUUUCUGCAUUCUCAUUGAUGUAUAUCACAAUUUAUCUGUUCUGUUGAUGGGUGUUUGAAUUUCCACUUUUUAAUGAAUAGUUUAUAUGUGCUAUUUGGUGAAUAUACAUUUCUGCAGGAUAUAUAUCAAGGUGUGGCAAGUCCAUAGGCGAUGUGUUUACUCAGCAAUAGCAGAUGCUGUCACAUGGUUUUCAAAUAGCAGAUAUUGUCAAAUAGUUUUCCAGAGUGCUUGUUCCAGUCUGCUCUCCCACAGACAGACUUAAAGAAUCCCAGUUACUCCACAUUCUGGCAAUGCUUGAUAUAUAUCCUUUGUUGUUUUCAUUUUUGCUCUUCUGGUGGGUGAAUAGAGGUAACACAUUGUGACUUCCUUGCAUUUCCCUGAUGACUAAUAAAGUUGAAUACCUUUUU